CUUUUCUUUUUUAAAUGCUAACUCCAACGCUCGUCAAUUGUGCUCUAGUGGUUGAACAACAAGAGUCACUGCCCGCAUUUGGGGAUUACUUUAAAAUAAAAUCGAGUGGAAAAAUAAGCGGAGGGCUCGCUUCGACGCUUGCUAACUGAUGCUAUUUGAUAGCAACGAGCUCUGCUUGUUUUGUUAGCUUGCCGGAGACAAACGUUGCCGUCGUCGUUAAAGUUCGGAUGUCAUCGCGCUUCCCACUUUGUGCGUGCGCUGAUAAGAGUUAGGAGUACGACGGGGAGGAGGAGGACAUGAGGGGGACCACGGCAUGUCCGCUGGCAUGACGGCUAGCUUCUUAGCCCUAUGCUAACGAAGCCGACACAUGGCGCCGGGCGGCCGGGUCGGCAGCCUUGCGUUACCUCGGUGUUGCCUGGCGCUCAGGGAGCGAACGUGCCGCAGAGGCGCCGUCCGUCUCCCACGAUGACCCCAAACUAGUUAAACAUUUAAUCAUGACUGGCUUAUGGACCUCAUACAAUUAAUGUGUCCACACAAGCGGCAGCGACAUUAGAUGGAACGCUUCUUGAUAUCUGCAGUUUAAAAUGUGAGUAGAGCAGCAAGUGGUCAGUCCGUCUAACUCAUGGUUCUGGGGCUCGAAUCUGGGUUCACCUUCCCCCCUCCCAAGUCCUAAAACAUGUUUGUUCAUUGAAGGCCAAAUUGUGCAGUUGGCAAUGCUUGCGGGUCUGCACGCACAUUGACAUAUUCCGGCGACCAAUGUUUUGCCCUCCAUUUGACUGGCGACCGCUCCAUUGUUUGUCUACAUGUGCCUUGACAUGAAGUGGUGACCAAUCUGGGAUGUCAGCUGGUACGGGGUCAACAAGCAAAGCAAGAGGAUGAAUUGAUGGUGCUCCUGAGCACCGUGUAGUCAGUGGUCCACAUGUUGGAGGAGCAGCACCGCGGCCACCCCGGCGGCGGCCAGGAGGAGGACGACGACGCCAAGGCACCCGAUGCCCACACCGAGCCCAGCAUGUUGCUGCAGAAGCUCAAGACAAACAUCUCAAAGAGUGUUCAGGCCAAAGUGGACCAGAUCCUGCAAGAUGUUCAACGCUUCUCCGACAACGACAAGCUGUACCUGUACCUCCAGCUGCCCUCGGGCCUGGCCGCUGGCGACAAGAGCGUCGGCGGUGACAGUCCGUUCAACACGUCCGAACAGGUGCACACCUGCAAUUGGAUCCGCAGCCACCUGGAGGAGCACUCGGACACGUGUCUGCCCAAGCAGGAUGUCUACGAAACCUACAGGCGCUACUGCGAGAACCUGCAGCAUCGGCCGCUGAGCGCCGCCAACUUUGGCAAAAUCAUCCGCGAUAUUUUCCCCAACAUUAAAGCUCGGCGGCUGGGAGGCCGAGGCCAGUCCAAGUACUGCUACAGCGGAAUCAGGAGGAAGACCGUGCUCAACAUGCCGCUCCUGCCCAGCCUCGACCUCAAGAGCGACCCGGCAGAGUUGACGGAGUUGGUGCAGACGUACAAGCAGGAAGUGACGGAGGCAGCGUGCGAGUUGAUCUGCGAUUGGGCACAGAAGAUCCUCAAGCGUUCCUUUGACACAGUGGUGGAGAUUGCGCGCUACCUCAUCCAAGAGCACCUUGUCAAUCCCAGAUGCCGCCAAGCCGAGCUGGUGGCGUCGGCAGCGCUGGCUGGAGGUCCCGCCAAGCCUCACAAGGUCAUCAAGAAAACACCCCCUGUGUCCAAAUGCGAGGGCGACGCCCCCGCCGACCUCAGGGACUGUGGAGACUCGGCCCCCUCAUCUGCCUCGAAGCCACCGGCCGCCGACAAGGCGAUGCCCUUGGCCAAACCUCUGUCGCUGGAGGCCCCGCCCUCUCCAGCCGUCUCAUCUCUUCGGCCUGCGGUGGAGGCGUACAUGAAGCAGCUCCCCCGAAUCCUGCCUCGCAGCUUCCUCCCCGACAAGACGCCGCUGUCGGUACGCUCCUCGCCACCCUCGUUGGCGCCCAAAGAUGCGGGCGGAGCCUCUGGAGCGGGCAGCCCGGCAGCAAGCAGUGGGGGCGUGAAGGUGAUCGCCAUGGCGACGCUGCCCCAGCAGCAAGGUGGCCCGCUGCCCCUCAUGAUCGUCCCCCAGGGCUGUCUGUCCUAUGAGCGGGAAAAAGCGCCUGCGUCGGUGCUGCAGAAAGCGCGGGAGGGCGCAGUUAAGCGCCCCCACGAGGCCACAGAGGGCGCUUCGACGGUCGCUUUGGCGGGCCCUCCGGUCAAACGCAAACGCGGGAGACCGAGGAAACCUCGCCCAGAGGACGCUUUGCCCCAGCCUACCACGCCGUCUCAGCCACCGCCGCCAUCGGCAACGCCCCAUGGCCCCGUCAUUACCUCUGUGACAGGCGGCGUCAUCCAAAAGGCGUCGUCAUCUGUGUCCACCUCGCAGUCGGUGCUGGAGCUAGUGAUACGAGAGCCGCCGGGUCUCAUUCUGAGUGCGCUGCCCGCGCCCCCCACCGCCACCCGGCUGGCCCCACUGGGCGGCAGCGGCCCACCUGAGCCGGACCACCAUGCCCGGCCGCUGCUGCUUUUCCAGAGCGCGGGGAACGCCGGAUGGGAGCUGGCAGCAUCCGGUCGCACGCCGAUGGUGGAGGUCAUCCAGAAGGCGCCCCGACCCAACAGCAACAAUACCGGCACCAGCGGCAGCACCAGCAGCUGCAUCUGGCCUUCGCCUGAGCCUCCUCGAAUGCUACGCGAGUGCGGCCAAGUGGAAUCCGCACUGGUGGAAGUUGACCUGUUGUCAUCCUCGUCGUCUCCUCCUUCUGUAGCCAGAAAAGGGGAGGAGCCGACUCACAGCCCCUAGACGCUGCCUCUCUUUUGACCUCGCGGCCCCGCCCCCUCAUCCUUCUCGCAGGCAGAAAUCCCAGUUUGGCCACGUGCUUGACCGAUGGCGGGGAUGAAUGAAGCCUCGACCUCGAGCCGAGAUGCUGUUGCACUCAACUCCCACUGUGGCUCCUCUGUCCAUCCAUAGGACACCCCCCCGGCGGAGCCCAAACAUGAAGUAGUAUUCCGGAGGAAGGGACAGGAAGAUGACUUACUACGGGUCAGAACCUGCUCCUGGUUCUUUGCGCUGACCUCCACACUUUUGUGUGCUGCUUUGUUCUUUUGCUGCCAUAACUGUUCUUCCACGCAUGAGUGUGUACAUACAUGUGUGUCCAUGUGUGGAUUGUAUGUGUGUGUGUGUGUGUGUGUGUGUGUGUGUGCGCGCACGCUCAUCUCAAAGCUCUUGUCUUCGCCCAGAACGAUGAGCACAAUGGUGGGCAAAAUGUUCACAUGCAGUUGUUUGCGUGUUAGCGCACAAAUUUGUUUGCACUAACACCACAUCAUUUAUGUGAUGUCAUGUGAUGAUGAAUAUUGAGUGUUGAGAAUGAAUUUUGGGGAAAACCGUCCACAAAGCAAUGGUGGGGAGAUAUGACGUGAUGUGGAAAUUCUUCAUUUAUGUAGGGAGGCGAGCUCGACUUGAGAAGUCGGUGGAGAAAUCCAUGACAUGACAAUCGGUAAUCGGGUAGUUUGCGGAUCGAUUGUGCACCCGCGCCAUCUUGCACUUUUACACAGAAAGUAGGAGGCAGAGGCAAGGAGUGACGUCACGUUCAAGACGUCAGUUUUAGGCUGUUACGGCGAGGGUGUGCGCUCCCCUGCCCCCGGGCAUUGUGGAUAAUAUAGUUUGUUUAUGUUUGUCUGUUGCUAUGACAUCGUGUCCCGCUCGGUUUUCCUGUGAGGUUUUUUUUGUGUCUUUGUUUGUGUUGAGUAUUUGUGUUGUUUCGCGUUUGCACUUUAUACUUGUUCUUGUGUCUUGGCAUGAAACCGACCAAGUCGGUCCAAUUGUAAAAAAAAAAAACUCAACAAGAUGCCAAUCAUGAGUGAAACGCACCUUUGCUUUCCUUGCGUGUGUGUAAAUUCUAUUUUUAUUGUCGAAUUGAAAACUGAAAUUCAAA